GUAGGCGUUUCAGCCGGUAGGAUUUCAGAACAGGUUCAUUUCCGGCGUCACCGGAAGCAGCUUGGAAAUGGCGUCUCCCACCUUAGAGCGGCGAGAAAAAGGGGCUGGAAAAAGUGAAUUUCGUAACCAGAAGCCAAAGCCGGAGAACCAAGAUGAAUCAGAACUCCUUACUGUUCCCGAUGGUUGGAAGGAACCAGCUUUUUCCAAAGAGGACAAUCCCAGAGGACUUUUGGAGGAGAGCAGUUUCGCAACUUUGUUCCCAAAGUACAGAGAAGCUUACCUGAAAGAGUGUUGGCCAUUGGUGCAGAAAGCCUUGAAUGAACAUCAUGUUAAUGCAACCCUGGACCUGAUCGAAGGCAGCAUGACUGUUUGUACUACAAAGAAGACUUUUGAUCCAUAUAUCAUCAUUAGGGCAAGAGAUCUGAUAAAACUGUUAGCAAGGAGUGUUUCAUUUGAACAGGCAGUACGAAUUCUUCAGGAUGAUGUUGCAUGUGACAUCAUUAAAAUAGGUUCUUUAGUAAGGAAUAAAGAGAGAUUUGUAAAACGAAGACAACGGCUUAUUGGUCCCAAAGGAUCUACAUUGAAGGCAUUGGAACUCUUAACUAAUUGUUACAUUAUGGUUCAGGGAAACACAGUUUCAGCCAUUGGACCUUUUAGUGGCUUAAAAGAGGUUAGAAAAGUAGUCCUAGAUACUAUGAAGAAUAUUCAUCCAAUUUAUAACAUUAAAAGCUUAAUGAUUAAGAGAGAGCUGGCAAAAGAUUCUGAAUUACGAUCACAAAGUUGGGAGAGAUUUUUGCCGCAGUUCAAACAUAAAAAUGUGAAUAAACGCAAGGAACCAAAGAAAAAAACUGUUAAGAAAGAAUAUACGCCAUUCCCACCACCACAGCCAGAAAGUCAGAUUGAUAAAGAAUUGGCUAGUGGUGAAUACUUCUUGAAGGCGAAUCAGAAGAAGCGGCAGAAAAUGGAAGCAAUAAAGGCUAAACAAGCAGAAGCCAUCAGUAAGAAACAAGAGGAAAGAAACAAAGCAUUUAUUCCACCUAAAGAAAAACCAAUUGUGAAACCUAAGGAAGCUUCUACUGAAACUAAAAUUGAUGUGGCCAGCAUCAAGGAAAAGGUUAAGAAAGCAAAGAAUAAGAAACUGGGAGCUCUUACAGCUGAAGAAAUUGCACUGAAGAUGGAGGCAGAUGAAAAGAAAAAGAAGAAAAAAAAGUAACAUACCCCAAACUCCUUGACUAGAACUAUCUCCUUUUGUAAAGGAUUUUGAGAUACCAGGCAUUAGUUGCCUUAUUUGUGAGAAAUUUUCUGAGGGUUUUGUUUUGGUGGUGGUUGUUCAUAGAAGAGUGUUCUUUAUAAAUUAUUAUAUUAUUGUGUUUUUUGAAAAUUUUGUACUAGAAAGUGGUAUAUAUGUCUUUGUAUACAUUACGACCAUUGUGAUUAUCCAUUAAAUCCAGUGUCUGAUGCCAUUGGUUAGUCUUCAGAUAUAAUGAUGUCCUAGCAUUUGAUGCUCCCUUUAAUGAUAACAAACAAAUAUUUAGGUUUAUCCCUUUUGAAAAUUUGGUUUUACUUUUAACAGUCCAUGAACAGAAAAACAAGGCCUCUAAAAUCAGAUCCCCUAGUUACUCUGUUCUGAAUCUGGGGAAGUGGUAAACCAGAAAGACAUCAGGUUGCAAGAGAACAGGGAAAACCAGAUAUUUAGAGUCGAAGCAGCGUGCAAAAAGUAAUAAUGGCUACCAGAGUUACUAAGAAUCACCUUAAAAAGUACUACUGUACCUUGCUCAUUUUGCAGAUUUAGAAGCUGAAACAUGGGUUAAGUUACUUACUGAAAGUCCACCUGUGGCAACCUGCAAACAAUGCUUAUUUAUAGAAAAGUGGGAAGUAAAGAUGAGUUUAUCUGAUAGUUAGGAAGUUUCUUCUUUUGAGUAAGAGUGUGGCUGCAACAUAUACUUUUUUCUGAAAUGUUUUAAAAUAGAAUUACACCUAAUUGUUAUUCACUGUUAUUGGUUAAAAAAAAAACCAUAUUUGAAUCAGGUUGAUAUUUGGGUUUUUUCUUUCCUGGAUUGUAUUAGUCCAAAAGAACUAAAUUAGGGUACUUGUGCUGUACCAAAAUGGUAAUUAUGACAGACAGUAUCAGAAUUACUGAAUUAACAAUGAGAAAGAGAGAAGUGUAUCUGUUACGUGGAUAUAUGGGCCAGCCUGGAUGCACAACCGAGUAGUAACCUGUGAAACAAACAUAGAAUAUCCUCUUAGACAUUGUUCUUCAUAAUGCACUGACAGAAUUCACAUAGCUCUUAAUGAAACAAUUUAAGAUUGAUGUACAUACGUUUGACUUGAUCUCGCUGUUGGUUAACUGUAAAAUUAGGGAGAAGAAAGAAAAAAAAUUAAAAGGGUUCAUACAGGUGAGGGUUUUAUUUUAAAAAGCUAAAUCUUUAAUUGUAACCAUUAACUGGCUUUGGUUUUGGCUUUAUUGCAGUGACUUUCCAAGUUUAUUCAUAAUUUUUUGAACUGACUGAAUUAACUUGGUAUUUUUAAGUUGACUUUUUAUAUAAACUUUAUAAACCUUUUAUAGAAAGGAAACUAUACCAUUACUAUAAAUGGAAAAUCACUUUACAUGUAACUAGCAGGUAAUAAAAUUUAAAAAAUAAAAAAUACUAGAAAUAAUGUGAGAAAUUUAUUAAAAUAUAUUUCUAAAAAUAAGUUUCUUCCUGAGAAGAGUGAUACUGUUUAUGAUGAGUCCAUAAUAAAAAGACAGUGACCUCUCUUUCAUCCAGUCUAGUAUGUCACUAACUCAUCAUUACGAUGUUUGGCUAUCAAGUCAUUAAUUACACUGCUCCUUUCCCUGAGCUUUAUUCAAAUUUUGACAUUCAGAGCACUGGGAAGAAAUAAAUUCCACAACUGCCUUUAGCCUUCUGGAUACUUUCUUUUAUGAAAUAGAAACCUUUUCCACAGCAGUUCUGCAGCAGUCGCUAAUAGAUGCUCAUAGUAGAACCCAUCAAUCAUCUGGUCCUCUGGGCACUUGUGAGCAUCCCUGGUCUUCAUACCUGUGAGUUGGCUUUGUCUGUGGCGAAUUACUGUAAAGAUGCUACCCUCACUUUUCUUGGCAGUUAGUCCAUGAAAUCAAGAGUGUGAUGUUCUAGUUAUUUUUUCUUAUAUAUAUAUAUAUUUUAAAUGUUCAACUAUUGAAACAAAUGUACAUCUGUGAACUAGCUAAAAUCAUCUGAUGUACCACUACUAUGCCCAGCACAUUUUUAAAACAGUCCUGAUUUGGCGUCCAAGGGUAUUUGUUGAACUACCAGCAGUAUCUAGGAGACCAUGAAGGAAUUUAUGCUCCAGUGCUAGCCAUAAUUUGUCUGAGAUGGAAUCUGUUAAAUAAAAGCUUUUAUCCUCUAACCUUUACCUUCAUCAGACCUUAUAAAAGGUCAAAUGGUGAUCCUUAAGUUUUUUAGUCACAUCUUACUUAUUCAGUAUUAGUGCGAAGAGUAGAAUACUUUCAAGUAAGCCUAAAGUUACAUGAAAACAAAUUACAUAAAUCUAACUUUGAGAAUAGGAAAUUAGUGACAAGAUCAAUCUGUAAGAGCACUUAUCUGAAAUAAAUGAGUAACGAGUUUCACAUCCUAUAAACACAAGUUAGCAUGUGUUUUCUCAAGAGUCCAAGGGUUUUCAUUAUUGGACUAAAGCUUUAAUCUUCUAAAUGUUACUCCCCAAGAUUAAAGAUCAUCUCAAGUUAGAUCACCAAAGAUCAAAAGCUAAAACCAGAAGUAUUUUUGUCAUUGUGGUGGUGGUAGUGUUACUAAUUGCCUAAAUUUUUAAAGGGAAACUUAUUUUUUUCAUUGGACUGUUUCAUUGAAAAAAUAGAAGCAGAAACUUGCCCAAAGUCACAGUGGUCAAACUGGAAAUUGCACCGAAACUUGGCAUACUGGUUCUAAAAUCCAAAGUUUUAGCCCUUAUGUAUACUGGUCAACUUGGAAGGAAGAAAUAUAUAUAUGUUUUGAGGGGCUACAGCAAUGUGAAAAGAAGAAUUCAGUGAAUAUAUGUUGAUACCUUGAUAUUAGCUGCAUCGUGGCUACAUGUUAACUGAGUGUUCUUCACAAGAGUGAUAAGAGUGAAAUAAAGAAUGGACUGGGA